UGAGUCCACAAAUUAGUAAGAGAACCUCUGGCUUUUUUCUCUGGGACAGACACUUUCUCUCCUCUACACAGUGCAUUAGCUUCUUCCAAAUCUAACUGAUCAGCACACUGGAAAAAAUAUAGUGUUCAGCAUGCCUUCCAGCUGUUACACAUAAAAAUGCUUAACAGCAAUUAUCUUUUAGAUGCCUCUUAGAAUUAAAUAAACAUAUGAUUCAAAGAAAUAUGGACAUAUUAGUGUGUUGGCGUGCAUUUGACAGAUGUUGUUGCAAGUAUUUCUUAUGGUAAUUUUAAAUGGUUAGUAUUUCAAAUGGUUUGGAAUCAAAAGCAGACUUCAGCAAAUUAUUUUUCUAAUAUCUGUCCUGAAGUGAAAUUGAAUUGGGACUUUGAUCUUUUACAUCAUGUGAAUAGUAAAUUCCACUGCAACAGUUUGGUAGACUGAAGUUCUGCUGGAUGGAUUGAUAUUCCAUCUUCAACCUUCCGAAAUAUAUGUGUAUCACAGACUGCACGAAAGAUUGCCCUUUUAAAAAGAGCAUUAGAAAAACAUGGUGAGGCAAUAUUAAUGACACUGGCCAUCUUGAAAACUCUUGUGAAAAGGCUACCACUUGCAAAGAGACUGCACUUAGGUUUAAAAAAAUACUUGUUUAACUCAAGCUCUUCUACCUCAAAUGGUCCCUGGUGAUGCUACUACUGAGCAGUGUGACUUGAGGAUUAAAACAACAUGGAAGAAAAUCUCCUUGAUAUGAAAGACUCUCUGCUAAAGACGAUAAAAAGGCGGGACUGGGAUGGACUCAUUUAUAAAGUUCCCAGGUACUGCUAUGAAAAUGUGAACGUAGCUUCCACGACAAUUUUUACCUUUCUGAACUACUCCAGCCUCUGGUUUGGAGCCUGGCUUAGUGUCUUCUAUUGCAUCAAGGUUGCCAGUUUUACACAGUCUUUCUUCAUCUGGCUGAAGCUGAGAAUUGCCAGGCUGGUGCCCUGGAUGCUGCUCACAUCAUGGCUCUGCUCCUUCACAAUUGCAAUUCCCUUUGCCUGGGAUGUCUACAGUGUGCACAAGAACAUCACUGCUCCUUCAUCCAUGACAAACUCUUCAUCAUGGACAACCACAAGGAAUGACAGACUGACUUUGUUGAUUUAUCUCUGGAAUGCAAGUACAACUUUGCCUUUAUCAUUGUCUGUUGUUUCAAGUGUUCUGCUGAUUCGGUCUCUGUGGAUACACACCAGACGGAUGCAAAAUAAUGCAAGUGGUUUCAAGGAUCCCAGCUUAGAGGCCCAUAUGAAAGCCAUCAAGUCAGUCUGUUCCUUCUUUAUCUUCUACAUUAUAUAUUUUUUUUGCUUGCUUCUCCUCUACUCCAGAGUUUUUUCACCUUUAAGCGAUGAGGAAUCCAUGUGUAUAGUUAUAUUGGCUGCCUGUCCUACAGGACACACAUUGGUCUUAAUUUGGAGCAAUCCCAAAUUUCAAGAGCUGCCAGCUAGGAUUUGGGACCACACUAACUGUCCUGUCAGAACUAUAUCCAUAUAAAAGAUCAUGAUUUAACCUUGACUUUCUAGUUUAGAUCCAAAUCAAUUAAAAUGAAGUUGUCAGAAAUAUAAAAUACUAGGCACUGGAAUUAAAAGAUUAGGGCCUUGAUCUGGAAUCAUGAAGAGGGCAAAUUUGCUUUAGUUGGAUGUGAGUCUUGUUUUGAAAAAUUGUAUAAGUUGUCUCCUAUUUGCUACACUUUCCUUGGAAAUUGCCAUGGUUUCUCUGGAACAAGAGAAAACCAAGGUCAAGACUCAGAUUCCAGUAUGAUUCAGGAAAGAACAAAACAGCCUUUUGAUCUUCUGCUCUUCCUGAAGUAAUGAUUGUUGUCACUGCAUUAUUGUUACAUCAGAACUGGAGCUUCAUGACCCUUUUCAGCUACAGGGGGACUAUAUUCACUUUUAAGGGGACUGUCACUGAAACAUACAUGACUUGAGCUUUGUGUUCACUAUGCCCAUCCUGAUUCAAUUUGUCUGGUUUGGAUACUGUCAAUCUGUUUGAAGCAAUGUACUUGUAAUUGAGCUGAGUCUAUGCCUGAAUUGCUUUAUUUUACAAAUUAAAAAAUACCAAGUCCAAGGAUAAAUUGA